CUCACAGCACGGAGCGAGGCUAUUAGCUGUUAGCUGCCAGCUGUUAGCUUCCACUGUCCAGACGGCCGACAUGAGUUUCCUGGGAGGUUUGUUUGGGCCGGUGUGUGAGAUUGAUGUGCUGCUGAACGAUGCUGAGAACAGAAAGACUGCUGAGUUGAAGACAGAAGAGGGGAAAGUGGAGAAACACUACCUGUUCUACGAUGGAGAGUCUGUGUCGGGGAAGGUGAAUCUAAAUGUGAGGCAGGGAGGAAAGCGACUCGAGCAUCAGGGCAUCCGCAUCGAGUUUGUGGGACAGAUAGAGCUGUUCUCUGAUAAGAGCAACACUCAUGAAUUUGUGGACUUGGUGAAAGAGUUAGCGCUGCCUGGAGAACUCACUCAGAACAGAAGCUACGACUUCGAGUUCAUGCAGGUGGAGAAGCCCUACGAGUCCUACACUGGAGCCAACGUCCGGCUAAGGUAUUUCCUCAGGGUGACAAUAGUUCGUCGUCUGUCUGACUUAGUGAAGGAAUACGAGUUAAUUGUCCACCAGUUAGCCACGUACCCAGAUAUCAACAACUCAAUCAAGAUGGAGGUCGGCAUUGAAGACUGUCUUCACAUCGAGUUCGAGUACAAUAAAUCCAAAUACCACCUCAAGGACGUGAUUGUUGGGAAGAUCUACUUCCUGCUGGUCAGGAUCAAGAUCCAACACAUGGAGCUGCAGCUCAUCAAGAAGGAGAUGACAGGCAUUGGUCCCAGUACUACGACUGAGACGGAGACUGUUGCAAAGUAUGAAAUCAUGGAUGGAGCUCCAGUUAAAGGAGAAUCAAUCCCCAUCAGACUGUUCCUGGCAGGAUAUGACUUGACAGCCACCAUGAGGGACGUCAACAAGAAGUUCUCUGUGCGCUACUUCCUUAAUCUGGUGCUGGUGGACGAAGAGGAUAGAAGAUACUUUAAACAACAGGAGGUUGUUCUGUGGAGAAAAGCCCCAGAGAAGAUUAGGAAAAGAAACUUCCAUCAGCGCUAUGAGUCGCCCGAGCCCCGAACCCAGCCGGUCACUGCAGAGCAGCCAGAGAUGUGAGCGCGAUAUCAUGAACUAAGAACACACACAGACACACCCCAACUCUUCACUGCUGAACCGCCAGAGGUGUGAGAGCUGCCCCAAUAUCUCCUGGGACUGAGAAAUGUCUGUAUCCAUGAAUACACAUAACAUACCUUCAGAUAUCCCCCCUUAAACCACCUCACAGCUUCUGAUGUGAGCUGUCCUGCCACCACCUCUGUCCCCCCCAGGACUGAAAACACUCGCAUACAGACGCACAAGUCUGCUGAAUGCUCAAUAUCAAGGCAGGAGUGCAAAUCUAACCAACCCAUGAAAGGAACAGUGAGGCAGCCGGUUUGAUCCAGGCGUCUCGGACUGAAAACGCACAUGCUCAAACACACACACACACACACACACACACAGGUGAAGCCAUAGAGUUUCCGUUUGCUGAAUGAAACUGGAGAAAAGACAGAAGAGAUGUGAUAUCUACACACGAGCACCACGCCGCUUAUGGCUUUCUUCUGCAACAGGAGCUUCUUUCGGUUGCAUGUUUGGACGGCACUUAUCCAGGAGGUUCUCCGGUAUCCUCCAUCCCAACCCCCUACAAAAUGAUGUGUUUCUUUUUAUCUAUAUGGGCUACUAAGUGAUUAAGUGCACAAGUCAUGGGGAUCAGCUUGAAUACACUACAUGACGGCCUGAGUCGGCACAUGAGCUCUAUAUUUAUACAUGAGUUUGAAUAAUGACACCACUGUACUCUCGCUCAUCCUUACGCUGCUAUGUUUUAUUUAAUUCUGCUAACUGCUUGUUUCAAGUCAAAUCUCAACUUAAUUUUCAAAUCCACUUUGGUUUCAUACAGAAAAGGUUUCAACUCAUUGCCAACAUUAUGAAUUCAGUGUCAUUCAUUUCAUUAAAUUACUAUUAUAUAGAGCUGCAGCUAAUCUGUGAGAGAGAUGUGUGUUCUCAUUGAGUCUGUUUAACUGAACAGAAAAUGUUUAUCUGUAACUUGGUGUCAGUUCACAUUAAUAGAUGAAAGAAAUGCAUUGUCUUCCAUUUCUGAAAUGUAAAGCUUAAAACAAAUUGAAAGGUGAUGAAGUUGCCUGAAAACUGCAAUUCUGUCUUCACCGCACGAUUAACGAUUUACAUUUUCAAUGGAGCGAUGAAAUGAUGCUCGCCACAAUCAGCAGACGGCAGUUCCACUCUUGUCACUUUCACCUUAUUUUUUACAAGGUGAACUAUCCUUUUUUUCAAGCUGGUUUGGUAGACCUAGAAAACUAAUGUAAUAUACGACUCAUGCCUGCUGUUGUAAGCACUGCAGGGCGUGCAGCAUCAAUAUACUGUAAAACCCAAUUAUGUUCCACUGUGAUGCUCAGACCGGCAGCUUAGGUCCAGCUUUAAAGACACACUCCUACACGCACAUGGUUUGGGGGUGUAACCAGUCCAGUGUUCGGGGUCUAUUCGCCCGUACGCUCUGAUCUGUGGCCAGUUUUGCAUGUUUCCCUUUGGAUGCUUAACUCUGUAUAAAGGGGCAUGGAAGCUGAAAUGAAACAUCACUCAAGGAAAACUUCACCACCGAGCUCUCCUGUCUGUAAUGGAAAAUAUACUGUCAUUUAUAUAUCACUACUUAUUUUAAUUGAAUUUCCUAAUACAAUAUGUUGUUUCUUUUCUUUUCUCUUUUUGGACGUGCAACUCAUGCUCCCAUAAAUGUCUGAACACUCAGAGCUACAACUCAGUUUUUCUUCGGUUCCUUCACGCGAGUGUUGACCUUUGUAGUUUGAUGUUCCUUUGUCUGGGAACAGUGUUAUUUAUUUUCAGUUAUUGCUUUGUAUCUCUGCCUGUCAGGUUUAUCAGAUAUGUUUUCUGUCUUUCUGAACACGGUGCAGGUAGGGUUUGUUUGGUGUUCUUUAAAAAAUAAUGAAGAAACACUUAAAUGCCAAAACUCUCUGCCCCUGUCUUAUCUACUGCAUGUAUCUUUACACGAUGUCGAAUCAUGCUGUCAAUGUGUGUGUGGGAUUGAGAGAGACAAUGUGUGUGUGUAUAUACACCGAACCCAAAUAUAUAGCUGAAAAAACAGUGAAUAAAGCAAAUUUAUACUGAU